CAUAUCUGGCAUUAUACCCUAUACCGUUUAUCGUAUCUGUACACUGUGGACAGCUUGAUUGUAAUCAUGCCUUUUCACUAAUUGGAUAGCAUUAAACAAAAAGCUUUUCACUGUAUCACAAUACACAGUAAAAAUAAUAAUCUAAACUAACUCAGCAGGUCAGGCAGCAUCCCUGGAGAACAUGAAAAGGUAACAUUUGGGAUCAGUGCCCUUCUUCAGACUGGUCGUGGGGGCUGGGGGGAGGUAAAGAAAACCAGAAGAGAGGAGAGAAGGGAAAUAACAAAGUUUGGCAGGGAAGAGGUGAGCUCAGCCUGGGCGGUAUUGGAAGGCAGAUAGUUAGACAGAGAUGAAAAAAGGUGUGGUGAAUUGUGAAACCAAGGGAAGGAAUGUAGGUGGAGGGGAAGGGGAUAAAUUGGUGCAAGCCCAGAUUGAGGGGCUGUUAGAGGUCAUCGAAACGUUGAGGUCAUUGUUCAUACUGUUGGGCUGUAAGUUGCCCAUGCAGCAUAAGAGGUUAUUUAUUUAUGUAUUUAUAAUAUGAGCAUUGAGAAAUAGGGGGUCGAAGGAGCCAGCCACGGUGUCCUUCGACACGGUCGCAGCCAUUGGUGGUGGGUGGCUACUGGGCGGAAGGCUGGCUACUCCGACCCGGGCUCUCUCUCACCUCUCUCUCCCGUUAUGUGAUCUCCCUGAGCCAGGAAGUUCCCGCCCCUCACACCCAAAGCUUUGCUAUAGGAUCUUUGCCCUGAACCGCACAGCGCAUUGCAUAAAUAAAUAAACAUGUCAAGGUUUAUUAAAUAAACGUUAUUUGAUGCGGCCCUCCUGACAAUGGGAUCCACCCCUUAUGCACAACACGGUUGCCGACCAGUGUCCGAGUCGGUCACGCCCGGUUUUAAACUUACCGCUACUGAAAGAAACACUGGAAACUCCCGAGAGCUUAGCCAAUCACCGAAGCAAGACAUCGCAGCAAUUAUUAUUACCCAGUAGCGACAAGUGCUGGAACAACUCAACAGGUCAGAUCAAAGAUCUAUAGAGCGAUAAGGUGAACGGCACGAGUCGCAGCGGUACCAUGGAAAUCUCAGUGCCAUCGAACUUCAACAUCCUUAAACUACCUUAUGCAUUAUAUUUGAUCGUGGCAUGUGGAGAAGCAUUAAUUUCCAGACAUGAAACCAUCACUAAUACCACUACGGGAGAAGAUGUAAUGUUUCCCAUUGAGCACCAAGGCAAAGAUGAGCAGUACAUUGUUAAUUUUAGGUUAAAAUAUCCAUGGAACAUAAAGAUUUUAACAUGGCAUUCCAAUGAUCCGGGAAAGCUGCAUUUUGUGCACUCAUUAUACGAACAAAGAGUUACAAUCAAACAUGGUUCAGUGGUGCUGAAUGAUGUACAAGUCAAUGACAGUGGAGAGUAUCAAAUGCGAAUUGACUACUAUGGAUCCAAAUUGAAAAAUCAUGAUCAAAGCACUUUUGGAAUUCAAGUAUUUAAUCCAGUUUCUAAACCUAUGGCGAAGACAUUUAUACAUGCUCAGAAAGCGUCUAAUAUCACUUUGAGUUGCCUUGUCUCCAAUGAAAAGAGAGCCACGAUUUACUGGGAAAAGAUAUCACUGUCUGGAAGCGUCAUCGAGACCUAUGUUCAGACAAUACUGGUGAUAGGCUGUGCUACGGAAGAAGAACAAUACAAAUACCGAUGCAUCGUAAAGAAUCCAGUCAGUAAUGCGUCCAGCAAUGAAGUAUCUGUCAACCAAUGUAACGUCGGAAAUUGGAAUGGUAAAAGAAAUUAUCUCAUGAUCCUGGUCCCUCUGGCUAUGAUGGUUACAUUGGUUUUAUACCUUAAACUACUUUGUAAAAGAGGUUCCAAAUGACUGAUCCAGUUGCACAUACCAUGGAAUUUGUGACCAUCUCUUAACAGUCCAAAAUCUAGCACUAUAAAGUAAUGCACUUGAAGCUUUUUGCACAGAUAACUUAUUUUCUUAACUGUGAUGCACAUUCCUUCAGAAUAAACUUUCAAAAAUGCCAG